CCGAAGCGCGGACGCAGCCGCCCCCGCCGCCGCCGCCGCCGCCGCCUCUGCCAUUUCCGCUCAGGCCCGGCCGGAAGCGCGUCCGCCCGCCACAUCCGGGGACCUCGCGCCGGCCCCGACUCGCUCGCGGGGCCUCGGAGGGGAGCGGCAGCACUGCCAGCUUUCUUCCUCGCGGCGCCCCCGGGGUCCCGGAGCCAUGUCGGAGGGAGUGGACCUGAUCGAUAUAUACGCGGACGAGGAGUUCAACCAGGAUCCAGAAUUCAGCAACGCCGAUCAGAUCGACCUGUACGACGACGUGCUGGCCGCCAGCUCGCAGCCAUCCGACGACCGCAGCAGCAGCGCCGAGCCGCCGCCUCCCAUCCGACAGGAGCAGUCUCCCAAGCCCAACAGCAAGUCGCCGGCGAUCCUGUACACCUACAGUGGGCUGCGGAACAAGCGAGCCGCGGUCUACGUGGGCAGCUUCUCCUGGUGGACAACAGACCAGCAGCUGAUCCAGAUCAUCCGCUCCGUGGGGGUCUAUGAUGUCGUGGAGCUGAAGUUUGCAGAGAAUCGAGCCAAUGGCCAGUCCAAAGGGUAUGCUGAGGUGGUGGUGGCCUCUGAGAACUCUGUCCACAAACUGUUGGAACUCCUGCCAGGCAAGAUUCUCAAUGGGGAGAAGGUGGACGUGAGGCUGGCCACCCGGCAGAACCUGUCGCAGUUUGAGGCGCAGGCUCGGAAACGUGAGUGCGUCCGAGUCCCAAGAGGGGGAGUACCGCCACGUGCCCACUCCCGAGAUUCUAGUGAUUCCGCUGAUGGACGGGCCACACCCACUGAGAACCUUGUGCCACCCCCCCGUGUGGACAAGCCCCCCAGUGUGCUGCCCUACUUCAGCCGCCCUCCCUCAGCUCUUCCCCUGAUGGGUCUGCCCCCACCACCCAUCCCACCCCCGCCACCUCUCUCCUCGGGCUUUGGGGUCCCUCCUCCCCCUCCUGGUAUCCAUUACCAGCAUCUCAUGCCCCCGCCUCCCCGACUGCCUCCCCACCUGGCUGUGCCUCCCCCAGGGGCCAUUCCACCUGCCCUGCACCUCAACCCCGCCUUCUUCCCCCCACCGAAUGCUGCAGUGGGGCCUCCGCCAGAUGCUUACAUCAAGGCCUCUGCACCCUAUAACCACCACGGCAGCCGAGAACUGGGCCCCCCACCCCCAACGGCAUGUGAAGCUGAGUUCGAGGAGAUCAUGAAUCGGAACAGAGCGAUCUCUAGCAGUGCCAUUUCCAAAGCUGUCUCUGGGGCCAGCGCAGGGGAUUAUAGUGACGCUAUUGAGACGCUCCUCACAGCCAUCGCUGUCAUCAAACAAUCCCGGGUCGCCAACGACGAACGUUGCCGUGUGCUCAUCUCCUCCCUUAAGGACUGUCUUCAUGGCAUCGAAGCCAAGUCCUACAGCGUGGGUGCCGGUGGUAGCUCUUCCAGGAAAAGACACCGGUCCCGUGAGCGAUCACCUAGCCGGUCCCGUGAGAGCAGCCGAAGGCACCGGGACCUGCUCCAUAAUGAGGAUAGGCACGAGGAUUAUUUUCAAGAAAGGAAUCGGGAGCAUGAGAGACACCGGGACAGAGAACGGGACCGGCACCACUGAGAAAGGAGUCUGGUUGGAAGUAAAUGUUUUUUUUAACGGACUUGCAUCUCCUCACCUCGAUCAGGACUAAAGGACGGAGGCCGCUCCACCCCUUCCCCCUCCCCCAAGCCCCCAAUUCCCUCCAGACACCCAGGGAACACCCGAUGCCCCACCAGACCGAAGAGAGCUUGGCAGCCCUCCCUAGCCCUACCCAGGCCCCGGCAUGACCCCUGCUUGCCUAGGGAAAGGGCUGAACGACUUGGUGGGGUUGGGAGGGGUGAGAGAACAGAAAGGGAAGAAUGUAGAAUGUAUCUGGGCCCAUGAUCCACCAAUGCUUGGACUCCAAAAGAAGGUGCUUUCUUUUUCUUGGAAACUUGUGAGGUUCUUAUUCUCUGGGAGUAGCUUGAGGCCGUUGGGAAAGCCUCCCAAAGACCUGCCGAAAGAGAACAGAUCCUCAUUGUGUAGGGGAGUGAUAGCCAGAGGUGCUCGGGCCUCUACCACACUAGCGCUAGACUCGCGGGGCCCUCCGUGUCCACCUCGCCCUCCUCCCCACUCUGCAGCGUUGCACGCCUCCAACCCCAAUUCCCUCUCAGCCCUUUUGGGAGGAACUACAGGAAGAAACAUUAUCUGGUGACAGGCUGCUUCUGCCCUAACUUGUUCUGCCCUCCUCUCUCGUUGACGGUUACUCUCCUGAUCUCCUAGGGAAGGCUUGAGGCCUUCGUCACUCCCAGUUUCCUUGGUCCCACUGGUCCCUUGAGUAACAAGGGCCCUGCCGGGUGUCUCGGUACACCUGCCCCUGCCAGGCAGAGAGCAUCCCCAUAAGAUGGCUUUCUCUGCCUCGGGUCCUCUCCCUGCUUCUCUUGCUUGCUGCUCGUGAAUUAACAAGCUCUGAUAGGCACUCUUCCCUCUUGAGCCCUUACCCCAAGAGGGCUGUUUCCUUGUUUUAGAGGAAGGCACUGCAACACAUCCCCACCUUGGCAGCGGUGAUCCCAACAAGAGGCUGCAAGAAGCAGGGGAGGGAGGGGGACUUAGUCACUGACCACUUCUCAAAGCUUUUCCUUCCAAAAGUUGUACGUAAGCAUGCACCUUACAUCAGGUCACUGAUUGGUGUAGCCUGGUUCUAGACAUUGGAAAUUGUACCCUGGAUGUCUUGCCUGCCUCUGGCUACUGGCAGACUGGCCUCCCUCUCGGCCCUCCAGGAAGGCCCAAGAAAGAGCUAGAGCCUAGCUUGCAUCUGCUGUAUUCUGAGCUCCGUGGACACCAUUCCAAUGGCCUGACUCCUCGAGAGGCAGGGCAACAAAUCUGCUGCUCCCAUAGAUUUCAAAUUGUGGCGAACAGGCUUCUUCAUGCCGCUGGCUGUUCCGUGGGACAGGGCUACCUCCACAUCACCCACAGGGCAUCCAGCUUUUAGUAUGAGAAAAACGAGAGACUCCAGUCUCAGGAGGUCCUUCCAAGGCACGAGGGAAGGGAGAGCCGCUAGGCCUAACAGACUUCGGUCAGGCACUGAGUGAAUUUUUCCCAGGGUCAGAGGCACAUUCCCUUGGGACAGAGGGAAGGGGUGGUGGCUUUCUCCCCUCAUACCCCCACCCCCAACCCCUCACUUCCUCUAAGGAGCCGAGCAUCCCCAGCCGGCGAGUGUUAAGUGAUGCGCUUCUCCCAGAGAGCAGCUCCGGGUGUCUUUUUAAAAUGUAGAGAAAACCAAAUGAGGUGACUGUUGUUUGAGGAAGAAAACGUAAAAUACCAGAAAUCCGUUUGCCCGGAGAGUUGUUUUUUUUUUUUACUUAAUGACACAAUUUUUAGUUUUAUUUCCAGAUAGCAAAAGAAAAAUACCUGAGGGAAAAAAAAAGGCCAGGCCCCGUCCCCCUGUUGUCGGUGAUUCGAUUUGUUUGUCUCUUUCUGAUAGGUUGGAAAUUGUGUAAUAAACUUGAUGACGCUGUCAAUCUUUUAUACCGUA